AUGGCUCUCUACUGGAUUUACUCAUCCCUUAUUGUUUUUCACGUGUUAUUACGGUGUCAAGCAGUGAGGAAUUAUCCGGAAAAUGAAGUCACUCUGCUAGACUCUGUAUCAGCUCAGGGGGACCUGGGAUGGGAGGCCUACCCACCAGAAGGGUGGGAGGAGAUUAGUGUGAUGGAUGAGAGAAACACACCCAUGAGGACAUAUCAGGUGUGUAAUGUGAUGGAGGCCAAUCAAAACAACUGGCUACGGACCAGCCUCAUACCUCGUGAGGGUGCCCAGCGAGUCUACGUGGAGAUCAAAUUCACGCUUCGCGAUUGCAACAGUCUGCCUGGUGUCCCCGGCACGUGCAAAGAAACCUUCAACGUCUACUACCACGAGUCCAACAGUGCAGUGGCUGCCCCUUUGCGUCACAUUCGCGAAAGCCAAUACAUCAAGAUAGACACCAUCGCUGCGGAUGAAAGUUUCACGCAGACCGACGUAGGUGAUCGGGUGAUGAAGCUCAACACUGAGGUGCGGGACAUUAGCGGCCUGACCAAACGCGGCCUGUACUUGGCUUUCCAGGACUUGGGUGCCUGCAUUGCGCUGGUCUCGGUGCGGGUCUUCUACAAACGGUGCCCUCUGGCCGUGCUAAAUCUAGCUCGCUUCGCUGACACGGUGACGGGCGGAGAUUCGGCUCUUGUGGAGGUUCGGGGUUCGUGUGUGGAGGACGCUGAGGAGUUGGAGGCACCACGCAUGUUCUGCAGUGCUGACGGAGGCUGGUUGGUGCCCAUUGGUCGCUGCGUGUGCCGUCCUGGUUUCGAGGAGGUUGAUGGGCACUGCCAACCGUGCAGGUCUGGCUUCUACAAGGCCUCAGCCAUGGAUGCGUACUGUGUUAAGUGCCCUCCACACAGUUACUCCCACCAGGACAAGGCCUCCGAGUGUGUGUGCGAGAGGGGCUACUACCGAGCAGAGACAGACCCACGCUCCAUGGCCUGCACAAGGCCUCCCUCGGCCCCAGGGAAUCCUAUCUCCACGGUCAACGAGACAGCAGUGACAUUGGAGUGGAGCCCCCCUCGUGACAGCGGGGGUCGGGGAGACGUGACGUACAGCGUCCACUGCAGGAAGUGCUCUGGCGAGGUGGACGCCGGCGGCGCGGGCGCGGGCGAGAGGUGCGUGCCCUGUGGCAGCGGCCCACAUUUCAGCCCCCGACAGUUUGGCCUGGCUCUCCCCAGAGUCCUGGUCACCGAGCUUCAGCCGCACACCAACUACACCUUCAGCAUAGAGGCCCUCAACGGAGUGUCUGACCUCAGCCCCAGCCCGCGGCCCCUGGUCUCUGUGAACGUCACCACGAGUCAGACAGGUGGGUUUAAACCCUUGAACGUGAUCCUUAAGGAAAGACGAAGCCGGGACAGCAUCACUCUGGCUUGGCAGGGCCCGGAACCUUCUGACGGGAUUGUGGUGGAAUAUGAGGUCACCUAUUAUGAAAAGAAUCAGAGGGAUCAGAACUACACCGUUUUGAAGACUAAAUCCAACGUUAUGACAGUAGAUGGACUUAAACCAGGCACGACGUACGUGUUCCGGGUGAGAGCUCGCACUGACGGUGGCUAUGGCAACUACGGCGGGGAGAUUGAGCUCGAGACGAGCCACGAAGACAUGUUGGCAAUGGGAGAUCCCAACCAACCCACCAUCCUGGCUGUGUCCAUCGCUGGCGGAGUGGUUUUGCUGGUACUGCUGGUGGCAUGUUUUGUUGUGAGUGGAAGGCAUUGCGGCUACAUUAAAGCUAAGCAAGACCCGGAGGAAGAAAAGAUGCAGUUUCAGCAUGGCAGAGUCAAACUACCAGGGAGUCGAACCUACAUUCAUCCUCACACGUACGAAGACCCGAACCAGGCCGUCCGUGACUUUGCCAAAGAGAUCGAUGUCUCCAAUAUCCGGAUAGAGAGAGUGAUUGGAGCAGGUGAGUUUGGAGAAGUGUGCAGUGGACAUCUGAGAUUGCCCAGUAAGAGAGAGAUCCACGUGGCAAUCAAGAGUCUGAAAGCAGGCUACUCUGAGCAGCAAAGGCGGGACUUCCUGAGUGAGGCCAGUAUCAUGGGCCAGUUUGACCAUCCAAACAUCAUCCGCCUGGAAGGAGUGGUCACAAGAUGCAAGCCGGUGAUGAUAAUAACAGAGUACAUGGAGAAUGGAUCUUUAGAUACGUUCUUAAAGAAACACGAUGGCCAGUUCACUGUGAUCCAGCUGGUUGGAAUGAUGCGUGGAAUUGCUGCCGGGAUGCAGUAUCUUUCCGAGAUGAACUACGUCCACCGUGACUUGGCGGCACGCAAUAUUCUAGUCAACGGGAACUUGGUGUGUAAGGUGUCUGAUUUUGGGCUGUCACGAGUGUUGGAGGAUGAUCCAGACGCAGCUUAUACCACCAGGGGUGGAAAGAUCCCAAUCAGAUGGACAGCACCAGAGGCCAUCGCCUACAGGAAGUUUACAUCAGCCAGUGACGUUUGGAGUUAUGGCAUUGUCAUGUGGGAGGUGAUAUCCUAUGGGGAGAGGCCAUACUGGGAGAUGUCCAAUCAGGAUGUGAUAAAGGCCAUAGAUGAAGGCUACAGGCUCCCUGCUCCAAUGGACUGUCCCGUAGUGCUGCACCAGCUGAUGCUGGACUGCUGGGAGAAGGGGCGCAGCGAGAGGCCAAAGUUCAGUCAGAUUGUCAACACGCUGGACCGACUGAUACGUAACCCCAGCAGCCUUAAGCAGCUGGCUAACAGUUCCAUGUGGAAGGACCCUCCCACUCCAGAGCCAGGGGUCAGCACAGUGGAGGACUGGCUUGAUUCCAUUAAAAUGGGCCAAUAUAAGGAGCACUUCACCAGUGCUGGCUAUGUGACACUAGACUCUGUCCUCUACGUUAGUGUCAGCGAACUGGGGAAAAUGGGCGUCGCAUUGGCAGGCCAUCAAAAGAAGAUUCUCUCCAGCAUACAGGACCUGCAGGCGCAGCAGGGAACACACGUCCAGGUAUAA